AUGCCACGCCUGCGAGGGACCAAAUAUUUGACCUGCUUUUAUUGCGGCAAGCGAUCAAAUACUAAAUAUGACGGCAUCACACGCCAGUUUCUAUGCCUGUCAUGCGAUGCGACAAACUACCUCGAUCAUAAUGGAGAGAUUACGGAUCCUCCAGUAGCUACCGAGCGUGAAGCUCCCGCAACCCUAUACGCCAAUCCUCGACCAUCCUCUCCCUCACUUCCCCAAGACAGCAUCUUCUGCGCAACAUGUCUCAAGAAUCAACGACUUUUCACCUCAUCCCUGGCACAGUACCUGCCCGACGACCCAAAUCACCCGGAAUAUGCCGAGCUCGAGCGCAACUACUACCGAUAUCGAAAGGGGUUGGAGGAACGAUACCCUCAAGUCUGUGACGAAUGCGCCGUACGAGUAGAUAGCCAAAUUAAACGAGCGGGAUACACGGCCAAGACAGAUCAUUUACGACGGAUGAUGGAGAAGAGUAGGGGAAGGAAGAGCACCUCUGACAGUAGUGCCCUGAACUGGAUUGACAGUCUGGGCAGGGCAUUAUGGUGGGGAGGAUUGACUAUGCAAAUGUUUUGGCAUCUUAGGGCAGUCACUUUCACCUUGCAGCACCAAGAUGUUGGGAUGUAUGACCCUGAUGAUCAAAGCUGGUCAGCAUUAGCUGUAACUGGGUUGUCUAGAGCUGUCGAUUUCCUCCCACCGGCAGACUUCUUGAUCAAUAGUGCUGUUCUCGCAAGCAUACUAUCGGCAUGGUGGAAUCCUCAGUUUGUGCAAGUCUUUCGCGGAUUCUCCAGACAUCUGCUGGGCUUUACGCAGUGGUACUCUUUCCAGGGGCUGAUUGUCUUCUUCCGGUUCCUAUUCCGUCGGGUCCUUGAAAUGGACGGAGGCCAUGCGCAGUCACGUAACGCCCAGCUUAGUGCGCAUCUGGUCAUGUCGGCCGUGAUGAUCAUGAUAUACUCAUCUGCAAAGAGAUCUAUCAAAGUCGACACGACGCCCCUUUUCGGCAACAGCUCUGACACUGCAUUUUCGCCAAAACAGCCCAAACUCACCCGAGUGAAGAGGGAAGAGCCAAAAACAUUUUCCGAUCUGCUGAACGAAGCACUGGAUUCACCCACGCCGGCUCCUCAGACUGGCCGAUCACAACAAUCAUCUGUCAGCUCAUUCUCGCCACGGCCAUAUGUACCCAGUAGUCCACUACGCCCCCAAGAAAGCCCCUUAAAUCAAUUCAACAGUCUAAACGUCACCCCACAAAGGACCCAGGAAGUCGGAUGCUCGGACGAAAUGGACUGGAUCCCUACUGAAUCUCAUAUUAAGCCACAGUCGCAAUACCGAGCCUUUCAAAAUUCGCCAGCCUUGAAUAAACCAAGAAGAGCUUUUGGCGAGUCGCCAGUGAACAACCAAAAUCCAUUCUGGUACAAAGUUCCUGCCGCUCCAACGACCCCAUCUCACCGUUUGCGAAACCCACCCAAUGCGCCCAUUAUAAGGAGUAAGCCCGUGGAGCAGGAGAGCAUUUUCUUCCGUGGAGCCGCUAGGAAGAAGGACGAAAAUGAGAGAGAGGAGCAUGAAGUUGCUUUCAAACCACCCAGCUUUUUCGCGCCCCAGGAAAGUCAUGAUGAGGCAAGUGGGUUGGCGGAUCUUUUAAGCCAGAGCUUCAGUCUAGGCCAAGAACAGAGUGAGCCUGACCAAAGAUCAAGAGCACGCUCGUUUGGUGCUGGCGGCCCUGGUACCCCCCAAUUUGAGAGACUUGGUGUCGAGUUUAUAACUGUCGCUGUUUUGCUUGUUCUUUGGGGCCUGACUGCUGCGUUCCCAAUGCCUUUUGGUCGGGAGGUGCAACUUGCUCUGCUGUCUGCAGCUGGAGUAAUCGCUCUACGAGUAACAGGCGAAGCAGGUCGAGAACCAAGAGAUAGUAGAACCCCCAGCGCGGCGUCAUAUGUGAGCUCCGCAUUGAGUGUGUUUGAGCUUACAGCAGUAUGCUGGCUUGCCUGGGAGACAUGGCAGGGAAACACAGAAGGUGGUAAAUAUGGCGUGGGAGUUUUGACAAUCAUGCUAGGCCAUCAGGUUUGGAGUAGUUCGAUCUGA